GUGAGCUGCACCGGGGUAAAGGUGGACUGCUUUGUGCUGCACUGACUGUAAUUUGACUGCCACAAAGUCAGUCGACUCUUCUCUGUCUGUGAGCAAAGCUCUGCUGGGAACUUCUAUAUUUUUGAGUGCAAUAUGUCCAUCAGUCGGAAGAACUGGUCGGCUUUGUCCAGCCUAGCGCGCCAGUGGACAGUGGAGGAUGAGGAGGAGGUGGAAAGAGAGAAGAGGAGGAGGGUGAAGAGCUCGAGCAGUCCCGCAGAAGAUGAUGACUUCAGCCAAACAACCGGAGACACGCCUACCAGUGACAGCACCUUUGGGACAGACUCCACAAGUGCUAUGUCCCAGGGCCUCAGCAGUGUGGAGCAGGUGCAGCUAGACUUUGUGGACAUGCUGCGUGUCCGAGAUGAAAAGCGGAGGAUGAGGCACGUGGAGACGCUGAGACAACAGAAGGAAGUAGGGGAGGAUGAAGCGGAGGCCUGCAAAGGAGGAGCCAGGGUGGAGCUACUGGGGGACAUGGAUGAGCAUCAGGGUAGUGUGUUGCCCUCUGUGAAAUCCACAUCCAGACCACAACCACCCCCAAGGUCAGCCUCCGACAGCCCCACCACCAGCAGCGCCAGCAAUACCAGCACUUACGUCACAAACAGACAACACGAAAACGAAGAGUCGACGCGCAAAGACCCUGAUCUCAAGCCAUCGUCCAACCCGGCUCGCAAGUUUGUCAGUUCUAUCUCCAUCUCAUUCGACAAAAGCCCCUCGGCCAGCGGGUGCGCAAGUCCCAUGAGCCCUCGCUCCCCUACGGCCGCCUUAUCACCUCGAGAACACUGGCCGUCGCCUAGCCAGAGCCCCUCUCCUCGUGGCCCUCAAAGCCCUGUUCAGAAUGGACACACACAGCAGACCGGGAUGAACGGCUCUUCCUCCAACGGCAACUUUGAACAGACGGCCAAACCUGCGUUGGUCAGACAGAGCUCAAGGACUAUAUCUUUCAGGAUGAUGAGGAAGAAAGAAGAGGAGAUUGCACCGCUGCAGAGGAGUGCGAGUGUGAGGAUGGCCUCCAAGACGUUUGAAUCGAACACAGACCAAAAUGAAGAUGAAGACAAAACAUCAUCUUUCCAGAGAAACUCCAAGCAGAGGAUUUCAUCCAGGUCCAUCAAGGAGAAGAUGGAGAGACUGGCUCAGGCUGCACAGAAGUCAGAAAUAAUGCGAUCUCCAGACGUGGCCCAAAGGACACUGUUCCUGCUGGAUGAGGUGUCCAGGAAGAGAGGCCUCUUUGAGAAGGAGCAGCAGGCAGCGAGCCCCACCAGCCCGGGAGUUUCCAGACAGGAAUUUAGGAGCUUCACAUCAGGAAUGUCAGACCGGAUCAACCGCUGGCUCGACAAGGCCAACGAUACUGGGUCUACCCAGAGUCCAACUGACUUGAGACAAGUGGACAUCACCGGUAAGAGGAGCCUGUUUGAGAGCAGAGAGGAGGGCAGCUUCCCAGAAGCCAGCCCUGGAAAAGUCUACAAGUGAAAGAUGUCCAUUUACAAUUCUCAACAGGAUUUAGUAGACGGUGAGAGAACUGGACGAUUAACGGAUGCCAUGACUGACUGAUUCUUUUUUCAUGCUUUUUCUUCACUGCCAAAGCACACUGGAGGAACAGAUAUGCCAAUUAGAGAAAAAAAGUGAGUUUUAAAAAGGUCUUAAAUGGAGAUUACUGCUUUUAAAGUUAGGAUGCGUCAAUCAUACACUCCUGCAUUGCUUCUCCUGCAAGUACAAAUAUGUCUUAUUUCAAACAUCAAAACGGUUUAAUGUGUGAGGAAGAGUAAAAAGAAAAGUAGACGUUGAUAUUUUUGUUUUAAAGCUCUUUUUCUAUUUGCCUUAACUUUAUGUAAUUUUUCAAGCACUUUAAGCAGGUGAAGGUCUUGAGGCUAAUAAUGCCUUAUUUUUAGUAGUGAGAAUUCUGGAGCUGUGAUUUCAUGUUUUUGUUUAAUCUGACAAAAUAUAGUUUUUGUUCUGAGUCACUGUGGUCAAGAGUCUGCCUGUCUAAGAAAUAAAAGCUUUUAUUACCACAAA